GUCACUGAUAAGAUGGGCUGCUAUAUGAGGUACCAAGUCGUCAGUCUAGUUUCUGUCUAAUUCUCACGGCGACAUGAAGGUGACUCUAGUUUUCCUCUCGGUGGUGGGAGCGGUGUUCGGACAGGUACCCGUACCAUGCAGUUCACCACCACAAUGGCAGGCCAGAGAACGUGUAGCAGAGUUUGGUAAGGACUUUGAGGAGUGGCACAAAGUUUACUAUGAUGGGUCGAGUGGAAGGGAGAGGAACAUUGCUGAAAUUGAGGAUAACUCCACCCGGGAGUUUUUCGACAUCCUCACACUGUACAAUGAGAACAAACGAUACAGUAUAAAUAUGAAGACUAAACAAUGUAACGUGACUGCUAUUAACCGCCCCUUCCGUCACCGAGGUGUCCCCCCUAACGCCGAGUUCACCUACACCUUCACCCUCGGAGCUUCGGGAUUCUCUGGCCAGUUCAUCACAGUCCAGUCUUUCAGGGCCAAUGUGACAUUCGGAUCAUUCCAUGAGGAAUAUUUUGGAUUGGUGACGUCACCAGGGUGCGUGCCUGUCUCUAACUUUUACUAUAACCCAAUGGAGAAAACUAAGUCCGAAAUUUCGUAUUACGACCUAACCGUAGGGAUAACUGACCCAAUGAUGUUUGUACCUCCACCACAAUGCGCUACUGUAGCAGGAGAAAACAUAUCGCAAUAAAGAGCUUUAGGAAAACAUG